AUGGAGCAGGGAACGCACGAGAAGAAUCCAAUGUCCCAUCUUGAACAUCCUGGUCCAGAAUCGCCAGCCAGCAAAGGGACGGCAACUUCAUCUUCUUCCUCAAGCUCCGAGUCUCAGUCAGACAAAACAUCGGAUACAACGAGUCAAGGCGGAUCACCUGCUAUCCACCGGCCCAAAUCUAGCGCCGAAAAGGACGACCCAGAAGUGAGAAAGCACAAUGAAGAGAUGGAGCAGCGCAGCGACAGGACGCCAAAUCAACUGAGUGAGGAAGAUAACAAGGUGGACAAGAAUUAUUGGAAAGGUUAG